AAACACCGCCCAUUCUUCUCAGAGCCGCCGGCGCAUAGUUACAGCAACCAUCGGCUCUGCAAAAAAGAUGGCCGGGCGUCUGCUAGCAGCGGUCGGACCUUGGAGGAGGGCGGACUCCAUCAGGAUCCAUAGAAUCACCUCCACCAUCGUUGCACCAUCGCGCAACGUUACAGCCACCCGGACUGGCGCCAUUUUACCCAAGCCCGUUAAAAUGCCCUUUGGUCUCCUCCGUAUAUUUUCCGUUGUAAUACCUUUCCUCUAUGUUGGGACGCAGAUCAGCAAAAGCUUUGCAGCUUUGCUUGAGGAACAUGAUAUCUUUGUGCCAGAGGAUGAUGAUGACGAUGACUAAUAGGACUACAAUGGAAGAGGACAUAGUUACACAGGAUUAUUCUGCCAUCACUAAGCACAAUGCCAUCUCUUACUCUAUAAAGAAGUCUGAUGGACAGAUAGACCUGUUAUUUCAGCAAGUGCUGAGUAUGCAUGUCAAAAUGAGGAUAACAUGUUGGUUCACCUGUACUUACUUUACAUCCACUUAAAAGACUGCUUGAAGUUGCUGUUCGAAUGAGUACAGGGAAAUAAAGUUAGACUGAGAGUUGUGUCCCUUCA